AUGUCCAGCUCCCCCGACAAGACCACUGGACAGUUCCAUUCCACCAAGGGCUCCGUCGUUGAGGCCAUCGGAAACGCUACCGGCGCCUCGUCAUGGACAGAGUCCGGCAAGGAAGAGCACGCCCGCGGUGAGGGCGAGUACAAGGCAGCCCAGGCCCAAGGCUAUGCCGAGGGUACGACUGACCGCGUAGGCGGCAAGAAGGACUCUGUCGUCGGUGCCAUCACUGGUGACAAGUCGCAGCAGGCGUCAGGCAAUGUCCGCCAUGACAAGGGCGAGACGCAGCAGGAUGUCAACAAGCCUUCAUAG